CAGCGAAAUUCCGCCGCACGGUCACAUCGUCGCGCAGACAUCACGUACACGCCAGCUGGGCACACUGAAACGCAGUCUUUUUCUUUAUUUAUGUUCGUAAAUUUUUGGUUGCCUGGCUUUUUGUUGUUGCGCCACAUUAACAAUAACAAUUGAUGCGCCCCGCCACCGCCCACGAGUCGCGAAAAAAGUGAAGUAUCGGUACCGCGGAUUAAUGUGCCACAUGCGAGAGGCGUUGCAACGUUGCGUCGUCGUCGGGCGUCGAACAAAGCAGUUUUUGGGAAAGUGAAAACGGCGCCAUUUUAGAAGCAGGCAAGCCACGGCCAAAGGCUCAAGAAAAGUGCAAAUGCAAUGUGUGCAGCCAUAGAUUGUCCUUUAGGCACAAACAAAACCGACUACUGAGGUCGCGAGUGAAGGUGCUAGCCCAGAAAACAAUCAAGCCUCCCCCCAGCGACUCCAAAAUAUGAGCUGUGGCCAAAAUGAGACGGCAGCAGCAAAGGUUCUGGAAACGCAACGCGCACAAGAAUCCGGCAGUGAAAAUGAGGAAACCGAUUCCAUUACGGAUCAAUCGAGCCAGUCGAAGUCGAUCAAGUCAGCCACCCAGUUUAGCGUGCAGCGUUCGGACACCGAUGGCCUGCGAAUGAGAAUCUCGGCCAUCCGCCCCCCGUCAGGAGUCCUUGCAACCAAGAAACCCCCAAAGUCCAGAAAAAUGUCCACCCAGGACACCGAGUCUGGCUGCUCGGAGGCCAGAAAUAGAGUAGGCAGCAAGAAAGUGAAGGUCAAGCGCAAGAAGCUGGCAAGUGCCAGUGGGAUUAGUAAAUCGGACAAAGUGUCCAAGUCUAAGAAGUCACAGAUCUCGGCAUUUUCCUCGGACUCAGAGGACGAUCUGCCCUUGAAGGUGCACCAGCAGAGAGCUCCUCGAGUGCUGCUCAGUGCUAUCAUCCAGGCGGCACAGUCGGCCAGCAAACCCACCCUGGAUAUCGGAAUCUCGUCCAGCGACAACGAGUUACCUAGCCUUGUGCAGGCGGCUAUCAAGCGAGUGGAGAGCGAUACGGAGGACACCACUGUGGAAGGAAGUUUCCGCAAAGCGGCCAAGGACAAGAACCUACCCCAGUACCAGUCAACUUUGCUGCAGGACUUCAUGGAGAAGACUCAGAUGCUGGGGCAGACCGUCAAUGCGAAGAUUGCGGAGGAGAAAGUGGCUAAAGCUAAGGAGGAGACCCUAGUCCAAACAGCUGUUCCUCGAAAGCGCAGAGGUAGACCCAAAAAAGUGGUUCCCACAGUUCCUGCCCCAGGAAACUCUGGCCCUGCUAUAAACGAAUCUGCCGAUUCGGGUGUGAUAAGCACCACUAGCACUACGCAAAGCACUACUCCCUCCCCGAAAAUGCAAAAUGAGAAUGUUGUGCCCACGGGAUCGCUGCCAAUCGCCUCCAGCAGCAAGCCUAAGAUCGACAUGGCGUAUCUAGACAAGCGAAUGUAUGCCACCGAGCGGGUGCUCUAUCCACCGCCCAGGAGUAAGCGGCGGCAGAACAAUAAAAAACGAAUAUUAGAUAUGUGUGCUCAACCUGUUGCGAUUUCUGGCUCUCAACUGCCCGCCUGUUGGCCUCCGUCUCAGCCCGCAGGAGCACAUCGUCGAGCGCCUCCCGCAAUGCGGCCAUGUUCUGGGGAUUUUGCUUGAAGGCCUCAAUUCGUGCCUCCAGUGACUCCGUUUCGAUUCCAUCCACGCUCUCCGGAGACGCUGGCUCGGGAUCCGCAAAUCUGGCAUGCAUCUUUUCUGGGUUUUUGUGAGAAUUCCUCGUUAUCCUUUGAAAAUGCUGACAGUGACGCUCCGAGCUUCGCCUGUCCUGCGUUGGGUAUCUACAAGGAGUGUUGAGCAGAGCUCUUUGUGCGUUCGCCCAGCAAUGUGCUGGAGAAAUCAAUAGCAAGCCACUUGGGGGCCCAUACCCGCACAUGCGUGCUGACUGCGUGGGCAAGCUUUCGAUUCAUGGGGUGGGAGAGCAGUCAGUUGAGUUCAACAGUUCGCUAUUUACAGAACUGUAGCUUAAUAUUUCUAUGAGGAAUCCUUAAAUAAUGUUUCUUUUUUGCUUGCUAAGAAGGACUAAAUCCAUUUUACACAAAAAGUAUGAAAAUAAUGAUUUAAUAUGGUUUCUC